ACACACACACACACACACACACACACACAUCUCCAUUGACUCAGUUACAAGGAGAGAAUUUUAUUAUCAUUAUCAUUAUCAUUAUUAUUAUUAUCAUUUUUUUCUUUGUAUAUCAAAACUAUAGAAUUAUGCAACCAUUCUCUAAUUAUAAACCCAUGAUAAACAACUAUAAUCAAUAUUAUUUUACAACUGAAGCCAAUCCAUCACCACUACCACUGCCACCACCAUUAUCUUCUGUUGCUGUAGAUACAUCCUCUGCAGAAUUUCAUUACCAGCAUUCCCCACCUUUGAUGGACAAUAGGAAGCUUUGGUCUGAACGAGUACUGCGCGACAUGGCUGGCUUACUUCAUGUCCUCUCACCUACAGGAAAAUUUCUUUACUGCUCAGACUCUUGUGUCGAAUUAACUGGAUAUCAGCCUCAUGAACUGACGGGUAAAUCGUUGACCGAUUUCCUUCAUAUAGAUGAUGUCGACAUGUUUAUAAAAAACUUUCAACUCGCCUUUCAUUCACUGUCACGAAUUCGAGUUCAUUUUCGAUUAAGGCGAAAAGACAACACUUAUUUACUACUAGAAUCCAUAGGACAGCCUAAACAAAACCCCUCGUCUUUUUUUGCUAUUGCUCAGCCUUAUUUCUCUCGAUCCAAUGGCCUUUUGGAUUCUUUUCAUGAAAUCAAGAUGGAAAACGAGUGGCUCAAGAAGCGAUUAAACAGUGUAUUACAAGUACAAGAAAACUGUUCUUUACAGCCUUCUUUUCAAGAGAAUCAACUUUUGAUGCCUUUUCAAGAUCAACAACAACAAACAAAUUCACGAAGGCUAUCAAGUUGUAGUACAUCAACUUUAUUUCAAAAUAAUACAACAGGAGAUGAAGGUACACAUAUUUAUUGGAGUCAUCAUCGAUACACAACUCCACCUUCUGUUGCAUCUUCUUCUGAACUCAAUGAAAUGUUUAUACGACUACAAAAUCAACAACAAAAUCACGAAGAAGAUCCUAUCUCUACUUCACCUCAUUUUCCACAUUCAACCAUGGAUAGCAAGUCAAAAGAUAAAUGGAAAAGAAGGAAGAAGAACAAACUGUCAGAUAAUCAUGUUUGUUCUGAUUGCGGCACAAACUCUUCACCUGAAUGGCGAAAGGGACCCCAUGGGCCCAAGACGUGAUCUAUGUAACGCGUGUGGUCUUCGAUGGGCAAAGAAGACGAAAAAGGAUUUAAAUGUGAACUGAAACGAAAGAAAAAAAGUGCAGAUACUAAUAGGCAUGCAAAAAAAAAAAAAAAAAAAAAAA